UGGCUGCGCCCCGGCGCCAACGGGCCGCGCGCCGACGCGGCCGGGCCCACCACGCACCCCUUCGCCGGGCCCGCGGCCGCCGCGCCGCCCCCGUCCCCCGGCCUGCCCCCCGCCUGGGCCGCGAUGAUGGCCGCGCUGUACCCCAGCACCGACCUCUCGGGCGCCUCCUCCUCCUCCCCGCCGUCCUCGCCCUGCUCCUCGCCGUCGCCCCACGAGGUGAUGGCGCUCAAGGAUGUGCGGGAGGUGAAGGAGGAGAACAGCCUCAAUGAGAAGCUUUUCUUGCUGGCGUGCGACAAGGGUGACUAUUAUAUGGUUAAAAAGAUUUUGGAGGAAAACAGUUCAGGUGACUUGAACAUAAAUUGCGUAGAUGUGCUGGGGAGAAAUGCUGUUACCAUAACUAUUGAGAACGAAAACUUGGAUAUCCUGCAGCUUCUUUUGGACCACGGUUGUCAGUCUGCAGAUGCACUUUUGGUGGCAAUCGACUCCGAAGUAGUGGGAGCUGUUGAUAUCCUACUCAACCACCGGCCAAAGCGGGCGUCCAGACCGACCAUAGUAAAGCUAAUGGAGAGAAUUCAAAAUCCCGAAUACUCAACAACUAUGGACGUGGCUCCAGUCAUUUUAGCUGCUCAUCGGAACAACUACGAGAUCCUGACGAUGCUCUUGAAGCAGGAUGUGUCUCUGCCCAAACCCCAUGCCGUGGGCUGCGAGUGCACAUUGUGCUCUGCAAAAAACAAAAAGGACAGCCUUCGACACUCCAGGUUUCGUCUUGAUAUUUAUCGCUGCUUGGCCAGUCCCGCCCUGAUAAUGCUGACGGAGGAGGACCCAAUUCUCAGAGCGUUUGAACUCAGUGCUGAUUUAAAAGAACUAAGCCUUGUGGAGGUGGAAUUCAGGAGCGACUAUGAGGAGCUAGCCCGGCAGUGCAAGAUGUUUGCCAAAGACCUGCUUGCCCAAGCCCGGAACUCCCGCGAGCUGGAAGUGAUCCUGAACCACACGUCGAGCGACGAGCCCCUGGACAAGCGGGGCCUGCUGGAGGAGAGGAUGAACUUGAGUCGGCUGAAGCUCGCCAUCAAGUACAACCAGAAGGAGUUUGUCUCGCAGUCCAACUGCCAGCAGUUCCUGAACACGGUCUGGUUCGGACAGAUGUCGGGGUACCGACGCAAGCCCACCUGUAAGAAGAUCGUGACCGUCCUGGCGGUGGGCAUCUUUUGGCCGGUUUUGUCACUCUGUUACUUGAUCGCCCCCAAGUCCCAGUUUGGCAGGAUCAUCCACACGCCCUUCAUGAAGUUCAUCAUCCACGGGGCAUCCUACUUCACCUUCCUGCUGCUGCUCAACCUCUACUCCCUGGUCUACAACGAGGACAAGAAGAACACGAUGGGGCCGGCCCUGGAAAGGAUCGACUACCUGCUCAUCCUGUGGAUUAUCGGGAUGAUUUGGUCAGACAUUAAGAGACUCUGGUAUGAAGGAUUGGAAGACUUUCUAGAAGAAUCUCGUAACCAACUCAGUUUUGUCAUGAAUUCACUGUACCUGGCAACUUUCGCCCUCAAAGUGGUGGCCCACAACAAGUUUCAUGACUCUGCUGACCGGAAGGACUGGGAUGCGUUCCACCCCACCCUGGUGGCCGAAGGGCUGUUCGCCUUCGCCAACGUCCUGAGCUACCUCCGGCUCUUCUUCAUGUACACGACAAGUUCUAUCUUGGGUCCGUUACAGAUCUCGAUGGGACAGAUGUUGCAGGACUUCGGGAAGUUUCUCGGCAUGUUCCUCCUGGUUCUGUUCUCCUUCACCAUCGGCCUGACGCAGCUGUACGACAAGGGCUACACCCCCAAGGAGCAGAAGGACUGCGUGGGCAUCUUCUGCGAGCAGCAGAGCAACGACACCUUCCACUCGUUCAUCGGGACGUGCUUCGCCCUGUUCUGGUACAUCUUCUCCCUGGCGCACGUGGCCAUCUUCGUGACGCGCUUCAGCUACGGGGAGGAGCUGCAGUCCUUCGUGGGCGCCGUCAUCGUGGGCACGUACAACGUGGUGGUGGUCAUCGUGCUCACCAAGCUGCUGGUGGCCAUGCUGCACAAGAGCUUCCAGCUCAUCGCGAAUCAUGAAGACAAGGAGUGGAAGUUUGCUCGAGCCAAGCUGUGGCUCAGCUACUUCGACGACAAGUGCACGCUGCCCCCGCCCUUCAACAUCGUCCCCUCCCCGAAGACCAUCUGCUACAUGAUCAGCAGCCUCAGCAAGUGGGUCUGCUCGCACACGUCCAAAGGCAAGGUGAAGCGACAGAACAGCCUCAAGGAGUGGAGGAACCUGAAGCAGAAGCGAGACGAGAACUACCAGAAGGUGAUGUGCUGCCUGGUGCACCGCUACCUGACCUCCAUGAGGCAGAAGAUGCAGAGCACCGACCAGGCCACCGUGGAGAACCUCAACGAGCUGCGCCAGGACCUCUCCAAGUUCCGCAACGAGAUCCGAGACCUGCUGGGCUUUCGGACUUCCAAGUACGCCAUGUUUUACCCCAGAAACUAACCGUUUUCUACGUCGCCGGGAGGACAGUCCCCGGCACAAAUCCGAAGGACUGCCCCUCCAUACCCUGCAACCCAGCUAGAAGAUGUAUAUCAGAGUUACUAUACAAAAGCCAUUCUUGAACAUAUUUAUAGCCUCGUAUAUACGGUAUGUAAAAUAUGUAUAUACAAUUAAUUUUUUUAAAUCCUCUCCUAGCAACUUUUUGCAGACGCGAAGCAGAUCGAGGACCUCCAUUUUGUUAGCAUGCUCCGUGGCUUGCUUCCCUGAGCAGUCCCUCCCGGGUCACCCGGCGUUUCUGGAAGGUCGUGGCCGUGGUGGUUAUGCGUUGCCGGGAGGUUUUGUGAAACGAAGAGCAACGAACGUGGACCCAGAGGGCACCCUUGAAAUAUAGGGGUCGUCGUUUUUUUAAAAGUCUCUGUUUUAGGAGUUUACGUAUUUAUUGUUUUAUCUAAAAUCAUAGUCUGUUUUUUAUUUUGUUGUAUAAAGCAACUGACAAAAAAAUACUAUAGAAUAUUUAAGUCUAUUGCCAUAAAUUUACAUUCACUUAAGUUUUUGUUACUGUCAUAUAUUUACUUCUACAUGAUUGUAAUCACUUUAUAUUUUUAAUUUUGCAUUUUUUUCACUGAAUAGUAUUUUAUAUAUGCAUUUCCAUGUAUUGAUAUUGUCCACGUAUUUAAAUUUUUAUAGGAUUAUAUUGUUUUGGAGAAACAGAGCUAGUUUUAGCUGUAGUAUAUUUAAUUAGGCCCAUGAGUUUGCACAGCUGAUUCUAAGAUUAGGCCUUGGUGAAUUUUUUUCUUUUUAUAAUAAUGCUUUAACUUUUGUUCAAGAUAGAGUUAAUAUUCAGUUUAUAAACUACUUUAAAAUAAGGAUUAACUUACGUGGUCACAGCCUCUUUGUUUUUAUAGACACUUUAAGUCCCUUUAAUGCAAGGAUUUGCUUCACAUCUGGACUAAGGUUCUCUAAGUUUUCUCCCAAAAUUUUUUGGGCAGAAUUUAACAUAGCUCCUACAAACUGAUGUCAUGCUUAUUUGUGGAUCAUUUUUGCUGCUUAAGAUGAAAAACGUCGAUUUUUUUCAUUGGAAAACGUGUAUUUAAUUUUUCCACAGUGUUCAUGGAGGGGUUGUGAUUAAAGCUUUCUGAUAGGCUGUUGCAUCUGUGUUCUUGCAGCAUUCCAGUGAAGGGGCUACUCGGUCGUUGCCUUCUUGGCUCGGCAGCGGGGGGUGCAGGUAGCCCUGGGCUGCGACCACCGCCAAGCCAGGCCACUGCCUCCAGUGUCAGCGUACGUGUCAUUUUGCUUUUCAAUUUUAUUUUUUAAUUUUAAAAUGGUAACUGUUCCUUUUUGGGAUAAAUUCUUAUAAAAAUGUUCAAAGUUAUAUAUUUUGUCUACGGUGGGAUUGCGUAUUUCCCAAUUGAGAUUUUACAUCAGGAUUUUUAGCGAUUCUAAAAAAUAUCGAAUUAUAAAGAUUAAAAUAUUUAUAGAGAGCCUAUUGUAUGCAUGAGGUGCAAGGUCUGUGUUGAAUGACAGCAUAUUGUAAGGAAAAAGUGAAUAAAACUUGAUACUAGAUUAUAAAGUGAUA